ACGAAAGAGAAGGAGAUACACAAGCAUUCACAGAGAAGGGAGACCAGGAAGUAUCUGCGAUUUCUAGGGUUUGUGCUAUAGUUCUCUGCACUUGUGGUUCUUCGAAACCCCAAUUUCUGCAAUUCCUUAUCCUAAACACGUGUUGUGUAUAAUGACAGGUAUGGUUUGCUAGGAAAAUUAGUGAAAUAUGGUGGCGUUUGUGUUGAUUUUGCUUCGAAUUUUAGUGAAUCACAGUGUGAGAUAUUGAAAUAUCUGGCCAAAGAGAGUAAGGUCUAGGAGUAGAUAGAAAGCUCACCUGCAUUCCCUAUGGCAUCUCCUCCAUUUGAAGUGGAGGAUCAAACAGACGAGGAUUUCUUUGACAAACUUGUCAAUGAUGAUGAUGAUGGAAUAACCAGUUCGUCUUUUAAGAAAACUAUUUUAGUUGGUUCUAGUCAGGAUAUGACAGAAGUUCUUGAUGCUAAUGAUACCGAAAGUGAGCUACCCGACAAAGCAUUCUCAAAGUUAAGUCUUGAGGAUAUGGGAACUAGUGGAGAAACCCACGAAGACUUAAGAGACUGUGUUGAUAAAGCACCAGAUGACCCUGUAAAGGAUGUAUUGGUUGCUGAGGAAAGCGUCUCUUUGAGAUCCUUUGAUUCAUUUGUCUUCAACACAGUUGUGGAAAGAAGCGAUUCAGUCACACCCUUAUUGGGGUUUGACAUUAAUGGUAGCGCUAUUCCUAAGGUCGCACCCCAUUUAGGCUUUGAAGUUAAUGGUGGCCUUGAUCCCAAUGCCACACCAUAUUCAAGGCGUGAGACCAUUGGUGGGGUUGAUCAUAAUAAGUCAGAAUCUAGAAGAGGGAGUGAUGUUACCCAGACAUGUGUGAAGGAGGUACAGUGGAGUAGUUUUUAUGCUGUGUCUACUCAGACUGAUGCUGGUGGGUUUGGUUCCUACUCUGACUUCUACAGUGAAUUGGAAGGUGAUUUAGCUGAUCCUAAUGGAGGUUCAGGAAAUAGCAAUAUACCAGCAUACUUUGAACCCAAAAAUGACCCUACCCUUAAUAGGAAUCAGGCCCCUGUUACUACGUUUAGUUCCACUACAUAUCAAGAUGAUCCUGCGUCAAUGAGCAAGGCCCAAUCUUCUUUCUAUAGAAACAAUCCGGUUACUUUUGUCUCCUCAACUGAAUUGCGACAAGAAGGAACUAAAACAGAGGAAGAUGGAUGGAAUUCCUCUGGCAAUAGCAACGAUCAAUCCUAUGGUGUAAAUACUAGUAAUACAACUGAUGGGUGGCAAGAUGUGUACAGUAUUCAACACUACGAAAGUCUUUACCCUGGUUGGAAGUAUGACUGGACAAACAAGAUGUGGUAUCAGGUGGACAGCCACUAUGAGUCGGCGUCAAGUUCUUUUGCAGCCAAAACACUUAACCAAGAAGGCUGUAUCGGGCAGGUGUAUCCAAGCACCGGUGAUGGUGCUAGCAUAUCUAACCAGGGAUCUAUGAAUAGUUCAGUGACAUCUUUCUCGAAUCAAUCAUCUGAAUCAGUUGUGGGAACCAACAAUCCUUCACAAGGUGGUUCGGGUUACCCGAGUCAUAUGUAUUUUGACCCCCAAUGUCCUGGCUGGUACUUUGAUAUGCUUGCCAAUGAAUGGCGCAGUUUGGAUUCGUAUGUUCAGACAACUCAAUCUGAUACGACACAAGGAGACCCAAAAUCUGGAAACCAGCAAGCCCAGGAUGCAAAGGGUUCAUUGAUUAAUCCCAUUGCCACCGAAGCUCCUGUUAUUGCAGCCAAAACACUUAACCAAGAAAGCUGUAUCAGGCAGGGGUAUCCAAGCGCUGGUGAUGGUGCUAGCAUAUCUAACCAGGGAUCUAUGAAUAGUUCAGGGAUGCCUUUGUUGAAUCAGUCAUCUGAAUCAGUUGUGGGAACCAACAAUCCUUCUCAAGGUGAUUCAGGUUACCCGAAUCAUAUGUAUUUUGACCCCCAAUGUCCCGGCUGGUACUUUGACAUGCUUACCAACGAAUGGCGCAGUUUGGAUUCGUAUGUUCAGACAACUCAAUCUGAUACAACACAAAUAGACCCAAAAUCUGGAAACCAGCAAGCCCAGGAUGCAAAUGUUUCAUUGAUUAAUGCCAUUGCCACUGAAGCUCCUGUUAUUAGUGAACAUGGUCAAACUGAUGGAUGGACUGGAUAUUUGAGUAGUCAUUCUCAUGCUAAAGACCAGGUCCAUACCAGUUUUCCACAGCAGAAUGUGUCGUAUCCUGGCCAGACUUCUACAGGCCAAUGUGGGGAUUCCCAAUACCUUGGUCAAAGUAAUUUGUAUAAUUCAGCAUGGCAUGAUAGAAGUCAUGGAGAACAACAAAUGGGUUUUGGGAACACAGCAACGGUGCCUUCUUAUGUUCCCGCAAAUUACAGUCACACCAAUGCAAAGUCACAAAACUUUGUCACUGCAGAAACUGCUUAUCAGUUUGAGAAUAUGAUGGCAGAUCAGCAGUUGCAAACACAAGUCAGCAGUGAUUUCUAUGGAAAUCAGAAAGCAGUGGAUUAUUCUCCUCCAUCGAUUCCUAAUGUGAGUUCAAAUUAUACACAAUUCUCAUAUGGUAUGGCAGGAGGAAGAACAACCACAGGACGCCCUCAUCAUGCUUUGGUUACUUUUGCUUUUGGAGGAAAGCUUGUGGUUAUGAAGCCAAAUAAUUCUUUCAGUUCUAGUGCUGCCAUUGGAAGUCAGGACCCAGCGGGAGGCUCCAUUUCAAUUAUUAAUUUGAUGGACAUUGUGGUGGACAAGAAUGACAUCAUGAAGGAUGGGAGUGGUGCAAGCAGUUACUUCCAUGCCUUGUGCCAACAAUCUUUCCCCGGCCCACUUGUCGGUGGCAGUGCUUCUAGUAGGGAUGUGUAUAAAUUGAUAGAUGAGAGGAUUGCAAAUUGUGCAGUUUCCUCGGCUGAUUUUAGGGAGGGAGGGCAUUUGAGGCUGCUUUUAUCCUUGUUGAAAAUUUGUUGUCAACAUUAUGGAAAGCUGCGGUCUCCUUUUGCUGCUGACUCAGCAACUCAGGAAGUUGAUGGACCUGAGUCAGCUGUGACAAAACUUUUUGCCUCUACUAGAAACACUGGCCUCCAUAUGAGUGAGUAUGGUGCCUGCACACAGUGUUUGCAAAGCUUGCCUUCAGAGGCACAAAGUCGGGCCACUGCUAUUGAGAUGCAAAAUCUUCUCAUUGCUGGUAGAAAAAAGGAAGCUCUUCAAUGUGGACAAGAAGGUCAGUUAUGGGGCCCUGCUCUUGUUCUUGCUCAACAGCUUGGUGAAGAGUUCUAUGCCGAUACUGUGAAACAAAUGGCGCUUCGUCAGUUUGUACCAGGAUCACCCUUGUGGAUGUUAACUUUGUUUAUAUUUUGAGCCAUCUUAUUGACAGUGACAACUCAUGUUCAAUGGUUAUAGGCCUCAUUGAAUGGAAUGUUGGAUGAUUGGAAAGAGAAUGUGGCCAUCAUAGCUGGAAAUAGAAUACAGGGUGAUCAGUCUGUCCUUGUACACCUUGGGGACUGCCUGUGGAGAGAGAGGGAUGAGGUUAUUGCUGCGCAAGCCUGUUAUUUGGUAGCUGAAUUAAACAUAGAGCCUUUCUCUGACACUGCAAGACUAUGCCUUAUUGGUGCAGACCACUUGAAAUGUCCUCGAACAUAUGCUUCUCCUGAGGCUAUUCAGAGAACAGAGGUGUAUGAAUACACGAAGGUGCAAGGCAAUGCCCAGUAUAUUUUACUGCCAUUUCAACCUUAUAAGGUCAUCUAUGCACACAUGCUGGCUGAAGUUGGCAAGGUUUCAGACUCUUUGAGGUACUGUCAAGCUUUAUCCAAGUCAAUGAAAAAUGCUGUUCGUGCUCCUGAAGCUGAAUUGUGGAAGUCUAUGAUAUCAUCCUUGGAGGAACGUAUACGAACUCAUCAACAGGGAGGAUACAGCUCCAAUUUGGCCCCUGCCAAAUUAGUGGGUAAGUUAUUUACCACUAUUGAUAGAUCCAUUCACCGCAUGAUCGGUGCACCACCACCACCUUUACCACCACUGCCGGGUAAUGCACUUAGCAGUGAGCCCGAUAACCAUUUAGGGAUUUCAAACGUUGUUAACAAUUCUUCAAGAAUGAGCAGUGGAUCACUGAUGCCAUCGGCUUCAAUGGACCCCAUCAGUGAAUGGACAGGGGACAACAAUAAAUUUACAGUGCAAAGCAGAAGCAUUUCAGAGCCAGAUUUUGGUAGCAGCUUGAUACAGAAAGAUGCUGCCUCUCAAAAACAUUCUGAGUCCAAAGCAUUGGCCUCUGGUGGAGGAAAUCGUUUUGGCCGGUUUGGAUCAAGCAUUCUUCAGAAGGCUGUGGGAUUGGUCUCAAGAAACCGUCAGGCCAAGCUGGGGGAGAAAAACAAGUUCUAUUAUGAUGAAAAGCUUAAGAGAUGGGUAGAAGAAGGUGCUGAGCCACCACCUGCAGAAGCUGUCUUGGCACCUCCACCAACCAUGGCAAGUUUUCAGAAUGGCACGCCUGAUUACAAUCCAAACAGCACAGUCGACAAGGAGGUAUCACCCUCCAAUGGCGUACAGGGUAUCAAAUCACCCAUUCCCUCAGGACACACUUCUGGAAUGCCUCCAAUUCCUCCUAGCACAAAUCAAUUCUCUUCUCGUGGGCGUAUGGGCGUUCGAUCCAGGUAUGUCGAUACGUUCAACAAAGGUGGGGGUACUUCGCAAUCCCCUUCUUUCCAAUCACCUGCUGCCCAAAUUGCAAAAAAGCCAAGCACCCCCUCGAAAUUCUUUGUCCCAACCCAGGCCACCCCAAGUGAAAGUAUCAUUCAGAACGAUGCAGGAACUACAAGUGAAAACAUGAUCGGUACGAAUGGAGAAGACCCUUCUAUAUCAGGCAUGCAUACAUCACUACCACCAAUACCUUCAUCAUCAUCCAUGCCAAGAUUCGCUAGCUUGGAUAAUGUAACCUCCAUUUCGAGUAAAGGAACAAUGGGGUUGGGAAAAGAGAUGGAGUCCCUUAACUCCCUGUCCCGAGCUGCCUCAUGGAGUGGAGGCUUCCCCCAGAUGAUCGGACACAAGCCACUAAAUUUGGCGGGAGGCCCCAGUUUAUCAUCUUCUCACUCCAAUUCUUCUUUGAUGAAUGCUGUAGACACUGCCUACUUUCCUAAUAGUAGUGGAAGUUUCAGUGACUUACAAGAAGUGGAGCUGUGAUAUAUGAAGAGACUGCUAGGAUCUUUUGGGGUAACGAUGCUCAAUCUUGUUCAUCCAUUUCUGACAUGGUGGCUUGUUGGCCAUUGAUACCAUCCCUCAUUGGGUUUAACGGUGGUAGCUCGGGGGAAUCCUGAUGUUUGGUUAAUGCUUUUUCGAUCUUUGAAUGAGUCAACCUGUAAAACUUGUUUUGAGUUACAGAACAGCAUCUAUGGUAAGGUUGGUUGGGAAGUGUGUUAUUUUCUUCUCAAAAUGGCCCGAGAAAUUGUGUGGCUGCGCCCUUGUAUAGUUCAUUCGUUGAUUUAUUGGAAACUGAAGGGGUAUAGACACAGGUAUAAUGUUUUUGUUGGGGAGGGCUUAAUAGUGGAGCCACUGCCUCACCUGGUGAAAGAAUAACAAGGAAAUACUGUGGUAUAAACUUUUUUGAUCUAUACAUUUAGGGAGACUCACAGGAAAUCCUGCAACUCCUUAUGCUGGUU